GGAUCUCAAAAUGAAGAUUUUGAUAUAAAGAAUACUCAUUUUGGUUAAGUAUUGAGAAAGUUAUAGUCCUUUGAAGUUUAUGUUAGAAAUCUGGAAAUUUUAGAGAAUUGUUGAAAUAGGAUUUUAUUUCUUAAGCUUUGUUUUCGUGAGCGUCAUCUUUGGUGCGACAUGUUAUGUAUAUCUUUAGGAAACCAGAAUGUUUAGAGUUUUAAUACUCGGUUGGGUUGUUGGCAGGCCGAGAAGAAUUAAACCGAGCUUAUAGACCAAGGAUCUAGCCCAAGACUGUGAGUGACAAAACCAACUUUGAAAUAUUUUCCAUAACUGUUAUUAUGAUUGAAUGCGAUAAAUGUUUAUUUACGAAGCCAUGAAAGGUAUUUGAAUUUCAUGACUAUUUUCAAGUAUACAUUUGGAGACUAGAUUUCUUAAAGAAAUUUAUGCUAGCACGUAGAUAUUAAAUGUUUGGAAAGUAUUUAAACCACAAUAUUUUAAGCAAAGCAUGAAUUAGUAUGAAGUUUUGUUUUAAGAACUACAAUUUUCCACGAAAGAGCUGAGUAAAGUUCGAGCUUUGUGUAAAAUUUAUAAGCAGGAAUGUUUUAUUAUUUUAUGAUGAUUUAUGAAAUUUUCAUUAACUACAUGACUGAGAUCUUGAGCCUGAGGCUAGAGAUUACCGUGUGCACACUGGUUAGAUUUCGUUGUUGACGUUGAGUGUACUCCGUAACAACGAUGCUCUCGUGAGUGCUGGGUGGGCCCCACUACGACAAAGAUGAUGGGAGUGCUGGGCGAGCCCCACUACAUCGCAGUGCUUGUAAAGGUAUUGAUCGACUUCCCGGUGCCUGAUAGACAUCCUUAGUCUGUGGAAGCUUCAUUAUCGAUUGCCAGUACGUGUUUUGAGUUGGGCAUAGAGUCUGUUGUGUUGUGAUGUAUAUACACCCUUGUAUGUUAUAGAUACGCAACAGUUUGUAUAAGCUUUAGGAGCUAUAGUUGUGUAAAUUUUGUUGGUUAUAUUUUGAUUAAGGUGUCUUUAGGUUUACUCGUGAAAUCGGUAAAUUUUGAGGUACACUUCAUGUAUGUGUUUGACUAGCCUAGGAUUCGCUGUGUUUUGUGGCAUGUACAAUAGUUUAUAUACUAGAUUGGCAAGUUCAUCACAUGAAAGUUUUAAGCAGAGUCGACAGAUACAGGUACAGAAAAGCGUUGUUCGUCGGCUUCACGCCAUCUUUCGAUCUAAGGUAGCAGGUAGUCCGGGAGGGGGUGUGACACUCAAGUUCACGGUCCCACGGCAAGUUCAUUUGGGAAUAGCUCCCUUUACUCGGGUGGAUCUGUUGAGCGUGGACUCGAUCGAGGGGCAUAACCAAGUAUCAGGUAACGUGACCGCUAGUUGUAGCUUGUGUGCCAUCGGGAGUAAGGAGUUGGUCGUGGAAGGACGGUGAGUCCGAUUUUGAUUGACUAGUUGACUGGAUCUAGGGAUAUCACAAUGGUGUGUGAAUUGGAAACGCAUAUAGCAACUGAGGAUAUAGUUGUUUAAACCUAUACUAUCUGACUGGCGAAGCCUAUGGCGAAAUUGUAAUAUGAAUGUUGUUGGGGUACGACUGUUGUAGACGGUUUAGUAUGGACUGAGGGGUAACGGUUAGCUUCAUCUAUGGGUGUAGUGUACCUUACGGAAAGGUGUAUCCUUCGGGAUCAUUAGACUGAUACGUGCAUCCUUCGGGAGCACUAGACUGAUAUGUGCAUCCCUCGGGAUCACUAGACUGAUAGGUGUAUCUUUCGGGAUCACUAGACUGAUACGUGCAUCCUUCGAGAUCACGAGACUGAUGUGUGCGUUCUACGAAACCACUAGACUGUUAUGUAGGGUACCCCUGAAUAGGAAGUUAACUGUUGUUCCCUAACGGGCCCAGUAGUGGGUCCCUUACUGGAUAUAUUUUAUACUCACCCUUUCUCUUCUUUAACU